CACGCCGUAGCCCGAGCCGCCGGGACUCCGGGCUGGGCUUUGGACAGCGGGAGCCGGAGGCGCGGAGCUCCGCGCUCCGCCGCCAUGGGCAGCGCGGGCGCGCAGGACAAGGAAGGUCAAACUUAAUAGAAAAAGUGGAAGUAUGCCCAAUGAAAAUCCAUAUAGCAGGCAAAGAAGCAAUAGAGGUGAAAAUCCCUCAGAGCCACCAGGAUGUGAUGCCCAAUGAUGAGCAGUAAUUACUGCAGCAACACUUCAGCCAGUAUGAGUGUCAACGAAAUGUCUGCCUUCCCUCUGACUUUAGAACAAAAAACUGGCUUUGCCUUUGUGGGGAUUUUGUGUGUUUUCUUGGGACUUCUAAUUAUCAGAUGCUUCAAAAUCUUGCUAGACCCCUACAGCAGUAUGCCUUCUUCCACGUGGGAAGAUGAAGUUGAGGGGUUGGAUAAAGGAACAUUUGAAUAUGCUCUUGCAUGAAAACUCACAGAAUAUCCUGCCUUAAAUUUGAUGUUGAUUUCAUUUUGGAAACCAACUGUUGUUACAUUUGUUAUACAUACCUGCAUUUUGGAGAUAUGUUGGUGGCAUCCAUUUUGUUAAAUAAAUAUUUGUUGCAAACCCAAAA